CUGGCCAGGCGGAGAAGCCUGCCAUUGGCUGCCGGGGGAGGGUCAGGGAGGAAAGGCGAAGGCGACCCAAAGCGAGCUGGGUUUGCACCGCCUCCGCCUCGGAUCAUGGUCUGGGCCGGCGGAGCGAGGCUCUGGGCCGCCGCGGGGCUCUCUUUGGGGCUGCGAUCCGGUUUCCCCCUUUUCCGGGCACACUUUCUCCAUACGGACUUUGAGAGAAGGCCUUCCAAGGUGGUCGCUCAAGCCAACAUGAAAGUGGAGCUGCUUCCUGCCUUGACGGACAACUACAUGUACCUCCUCAUUGAUGAGGAGACCAAGGAGGCCGCCAUCGUUGACCCAGUUCAGCCCCAGAAGGUUCUGGACGCCGUCCGAAAACAUGGGGUGAAAUUGACCACUGUCCUCACAACGCAUCACCACUGGGACCACGCUGGUGGCAAUGAGAAACUGGUAAAGAUGGAGCCUGGGUUGCGAGUGUACGGGGGAGAUAGCAGGGUUGGAGCCCUCACCCAGAAAGUCUCUCAUCUUAUGUCAUUUCAGGUGGGCUCCUUGAAUGUGAAAUGCCUCGCCACCCCUUGCCACACUUCGGGGCACAUCUGCUAUUUUGUGACCAAGCCCAACAGCUCUGAGCCCCCAGCCGUCUUCACGGGGGACACGCUCUUUGUGGCCGGCUGUGGGAAGUUCUUCGAGGGCACUCCGGAGGAAAUGUAUAAAGCUCUGAUCGAGAUCUUGGGCCGCCUCCCUCCUGAAACGAAAGUCUACUGCGGCCACGAAUACACCAUCAACAACUUGAAGUUUGCUCGGCACGUGGAGCCCAACAACAGCGCCAUACAACACAAACUCUCCUGGGCAAAGGCGAAAUAUGACAGUGGCGAACCGACCAUCCCUUCGACUAUUGGAGAAGAGUUUGCCUACAAUCCCUUUAUGAGAGUCAGGGAGGCCGCGGUCCAGCAGCACGCCAAGGAAGCGGACCCCGUCCGGACGAUGGGAGCCAUCCGCAAGGAGAAAGACGGCUUCAAAGUGCCAAAGGAUUGAAGCCGACCCCGGUUGAUCUCCCUCCUACCCCCUCCUCCCUCUGCUGUUUUUGUUCAAUCCGUUCUGGUUCAGUAAUUUCCACCAUUUCGUCUCCAUGCCAGCCAGGCACCGCUAUUGAAAAUGAUUUUAAUUUUUCGUGGAAUGUGCCCAUUGUGUGGUGAUAUAUUUUUAUGUUUUGGGGGCACGGCCGCAGGGAGCAGAAUGGCCACCCUUUUUGGCACGAAUCUUUGUCUUCCAACUUUUCGAUUCAUCCGUUCUUUUUCUUUUCCUCCAUUAAACGGCUUACACGUCUUUCCCGCAACACAAGGAUAACCACUUUGUUUCCACUUUUAACUGUCUUAGGCUGGAUCUACACUGCCAGAUAAUGCAGUUUUGCAUUAUGUGGGUGAGUAUUGACCAGGCCUGGGCAAACUCUGGCCCUCUGGGUGUUUUGGACUGCAACUCCCAUAGUUCCUAACAGCCUCGGGCCCCUUCCUUUUCCCCCUCAGCCGCUUAAGCCAAAGGUUGCCCAGGCCUGGUAUAGACUCAUAUAAUGCGGUGUACCCUGCAUUGAACUUCAUUAUAUGGGUCUUUGCUGCAUUAUAUGACUUCCAAACUGGAUUAUAUAUUGGAACGUCGAUCCAGCUUUGGCUGGUAUUGUUGGAAACCUAGGAUUUGUCAUUUUAGAUAACUACAAAUCCCAGAAUCCCACGACAAUUAAUUUGGAUCGAAGCGCUAUAAUUGUGUUGUGCGAAACAAGGGGGAAAGAGUCAUAGGAAAAAAUGUCUCCUUUCUGAGCUUUGAAAUAACUCUUUUGAUUUGCAGCUUUGGGACGCUCAGCUGUACCGGAUUGUCCCCUUUGUCUUUCUUUGUAGUUUCCCCCUCUAUAGGGCUUGGGAAAUAUCCCUUUAGAGAAAGCAAUUGGGGCAUGAAUUGUGAGAGAAAACAGAUUAUUGUUGAGUCCCUUUGCUUCCUUUCUACUAAAAAUCUAUUCACCAGUUUCACUUAAAUACCUGGUAUGAAAAAGCUCGAUUCUAUUCCCAUUGGAUGCGGUCAGAACUAGAAAUCCCAACCUUUCCUGCUCUGUAUAGAGGAAAGCCACCAUUGUUGUUAACAAUGUGUUUGGACAAGGAGAAAGGGAAGUUUUUUUAAAUGCAUUUCAAACUACAUUACAAAUGUAGUUUUCCAAGAACGGCUGGCAUUUGGAACAAAGUGUGUUUGGGUUGCUGUGAGUCUUCCAGGCUGGAGGUCCAUGUUCCAAAAGCAUUCUCUCCUGACAUUUCACCAACACAUUUAUGGCAAGCAUCCUCAGAGAGAUUGUGAGAUGUGUUGGAAACUAGGCAAGUGGGGUUUAAUGUCCAGGGUGGGAGAAAGAACUCCUGUCUGUUGGAGGCAAGUGUGAAUGUUGCCAUUGGCCAGCUUAUUUAGCAUUGAAUAGCCUUGCAGCUUCAAAGCCUGGCUGCUUCCUGCCUAACACAUCUCAACACAGCAUCCCCAAAGGCAGGAAUCCUUUGUUUGAGGCAAGUGUGAAUGUUGCCAUUGGCCAACUUGAUCAGCAUUGAAUAGCUUUGCAGCUUCAAAGCCUGGCUGCUUCCUGCCCAACACCUCCCGACAAAGAAUUCCCCAAGGCAGGAAGCCAUUCAGUGCUAAUCAAGCUGGCCAAUGGCAACCUUUACACUUUGCUCAGAUAUAUAAACCUCACUUGCCUAGUUUCCAACAGACAUCACAACUUCUGAGGAUGCCUGCCAUAGAUGUGGGCGAAACGUCAGGAGAGAAUGCUUCUGGAACAUAGCCCUACAGCCCAAAAAACUCACAGGAAUACAGUGAUUCCGGCCAUAAAAUCCUUCAACAAUGUAGUGUUUGUCUUCUUGAGGAAACUACAUUUCUUAAGGUAAUGGAGCAAGGAUAAUUUAAUCAGGUUCAGGAUUAUUACAUUUAAUCCCUGAUGUUUAGGAGAAGUUACUUUUUUGACGAGUCCCUAAAAAGUCACUUAUGCUGCCACUUAGACAUGAAAAACAAAAACCCAGUCACUUGCUCAGCUUGUGCGCCUUCCCCUCUUGAUCCCACUAAUGUGUGUCUGUACAUAUAAAUAUAGAUAAUAUAUAAAUAUAUAUUCCUAUAAUAGGGGCGAGCUUCCAGGAUUUUCAAUGCACCGCAUCUUCCUUGGAGAUUGGAGAAUGGGAAAUGUUGAUCAGAUUUUCAGCAGGUCAUCAAAGGCAGAUAGAGAAGAGAAAGCACUUACCAAGGAUUUACUUGGAGAAGCCCCUGACUUUAGACUAAGUGGUUAGGAACAGCAUGGCAAUUGCUUCCCUUUGACUGCCAAUAAGUUUUGCCUUCUCUAAUCCAGGUGCAUGUACACUAUGAAAUUAAUCCAGUUUGAUCCCACUUCAACCACCAGGGCUCAAGGCUUUGGAAUCCUGGGAUUUUGGGCAACGAAGGCCCUUGAAAAAUGGCAACUCCCCGGAUUUCGUGCCGUUGAGCCAUGGCGCUUAACGUGCUAUGGAGUUUAGAUGCACCCUUUGCCUGUCCUCCCACCCACCUGGCCAUCUGGAAUCUCUCAGUUUGGGGCCCGUCCUUGACUUAGGUGCCUGCGCCCUGUCAAUAAAGAUCUAUUGCACUACUAAA